GGCUGCCUAGUUAAAUACAAUUUUUGUUUUUGUUUUGUGUGAUUCAGCGCACGAGAGGCGUUCGGCAUGACGGAAACUGUUUAGGUAUUCAAUGCGGCUUCAGACCCAGUCCAAGUCCAAGAACCGAGAACCUUUGUAACUAGCCGCACAAAUCAAUCGACCGAUCGAAUUGCGUCCGAAACGGCGUGACAAGCGGCGAGCAACGCCCCGCCCAAAACUCCACCCCCCCUAGGUGGCCCACCGAUUAUAUAGCCAGAUAAACCACAAACAAAAUGGACUCACGCAUCGGCCUGGAUUACAUAGUCGAAAAUCGUGACUACAUUGCCAAGUUGGGCUCUGCCCUAGACACGCAGAAUGCGACGGUCAAGAAGCAGGUCUUCGAGCUGCUGUCCGCGCUCUGCGCCUACAGCCCCGACGGCUAUGCCCGUGCCAUCGAAACUCUCGAGUUUUACAAGAAUCUCAAAAAGGAACGAUAUCGCUUCAAAAUUGUCAUCAACGAGCUGGAACAGUCAACAGCAGCUGCAACACCGCCUGUGGACUAUCUAGCUACCCUGCUGGCCUUCAUCAACUGCGUCAUCAUCUCGGAGCCAAAGCUGCAGGAGCGCAUUCGCAUACGCAACGAGUUUAUAGGCCUCAAAUUAUUGCCGCUGCUCAACAAUCUAAGAAAAGUCGUACAGGGUGUCGGCGAUAUCAUCGUACAAUUGGACGUGUUCGUGGAGCAACAGGAAUGCGACGAGGCCCAGAGCCUGCAGGCGCCCGAUGGCAUCAAUCUCAACUCGCAUCUUGAUGUCUUCUAUGCGAUACUGCGACAGGUGGCCGAUAAGCCGCAGGAGGGGCCAUUUCUCAAUAUAUUGCAGCAUCUGCUGCGCAUCGAUUCGAAGGAUCCGCUGAGCGAUGUCAUUUGGGAUACGACUGAGCGGCUGGUGCAUCGCGCCACACUUCUCGAGGAUCCCGCUGAUGCAGUGCGUCUGCUGCGCCAUCAAAAUUCACAAAAAUUCACCUGCGCCAACUGUCGCUCGAGCGAUGCCAGCAGCCCGACAAGGAAGCCAUCACAGCCACAUGUGGCCGUGGCCGCGGCUAAGCCACCAGCAGCACCACCUGCACCAGCCGCACCAGCUCCGCCGCCGCCGCCGCCACCCGCAAUAUUUACAGUUAACGGAGCCGCACCUCCGCCGCCGCCGCUGCCCGCGCCGAACGGCAAUGCGGGGCUGCCGCCGCCGCCGCCACCGCCAUCGUUGCGUCCGACUACACCGCUGCCGGAGCGAGCGGCAGUGUCGCUGCUGCCACAGCAGGUUACGCCCGAGUCCAAGUACAAACUGAGAUCCAUCAACUGGAACAAGAUACCGGACAACAAGGUGCUGGGCAGGGAGAACAUCUGGAGCAAAAUGGCCAACAUGCACCGGGACAACAAUCAAAUGGAAAUCGACUUCAGCGAGAUGGAGGGUCUCUUCUGCCAGCAGCCCACCAGCGGCGAGGGCUCACCUAUUCCGACCAGGAACAAGAACGGCAAGCCAUCCAGCGCGAAUGGCAAGGACACGCUGGAUCGCAAGGGCAAGAAGGAGAGCACUGAGAUCACUCUGCUGGAUGGCAAGCGCAGCCUGAACGUCAACAUCUUUCUGCGGCAGUUCCGCAGCAACAGUCAGGACAUUAUCCAGCUGAUACGACACGGCGCACACGAGGAGAUUGGCGCCGAGCGGCUGUUGGGCUUGCUCAAGAUACUGCCCGAAAUGGACGAGCUGGAAGUGCUGAAGAGCUUCAAUGGAGAUCGCGCGCGUCUGGGCAGUGCCGAGAAGUUUCUGCUCCAGCUGCUCGAGGUGCCCAACUAUAAGCUGCGCAUUGAGAGCAUGUUGCUCAAGGAAGAGUUUGCCACGAAUAUGGCCUAUUUGGAGCCCUGCAUCAAUGCCAUGCUCUUCGCUGGCGACAAUCUGCUCAACAACAAAUUGCUGCAGGAGGUGCUCUACAUGGUCGUCGUUGCUGGCAACUUCCUCAACGCCGGCGGCUAUGCGGGCAAGGCGGCCGGGGUGAAGCUAUCGUCGCUGCAGAAGCUAACCGAUAUCCGAGCCAACAAGCCGGGCAUGAAUCUUAUACACUUUGUGGCCAUCCAAGCAGAACGCUGCAAUCCCGAGCUGCUGCAGUUCACCACACAGCUGAGCAAUCUCGAGGAUGCCAGCAAAACCACAACGGAGCAAAUUAACAGUGAGAUUACCACGCUGGAAAACCGCAUCAGGAAGAUCACCAAACAGAUUGAGCUGCCCACAACGGAUGACGACAUCAAGCAACAGAUGUCGGAGUUUUUGCUGGCCGCGGAGUCUGAGGUGGCAGUGCUGCAGGCCGGCAUGAAGCAGGUGGAAUCAUUGCGCCUCAAAUUGGCCGAGUUCUUCUGCGAGGAUGCGGCUACGUUUAAGCUGGAGGAGUGCUUCAAAAUCUUUCAGAGCUUCUGUGAUAAAUUCAGGCAGGCAAUCAAGGAGAACGAGCGGCGUGUGCAGCAGGAGAAGCUGGCGGAGGAGCGCAACAGGAUUCGAGCGGAACAGUUGGCCAGAAGGACCAAGCAAAUGGGUCAAGCGGGCACGCCCGUCUCCGACUCGGACUCGUUUCUGGGCGAUGGGCUGUUCGAUCCGCGCGCCAGCCCAGCGCUGAGCAGGCGCCAACUGGGCUCGGGUGAGCUGAACAACGGCUUCAUACGGCUCGAGCAGGAGUACAGCGCCUCGCCCGACAUCACGCCCAAUGGCAGCCUACGGCGUCGUCCCAGUCGCGUGCUGGCCGGUGAGGAAGACCUCAUGGAGUAUCUGCGUAGCUCAGGCCCGCACGGCCACGACGGCCUCGGUCAUAUCAGCCGCGAUCGCAAGGCAGCCUACGGCAGUCUAGAUCGAUCCUGGGCACGCCGUGCACGCUCUGGCAGCUCGAGUCGCAAGCGUCCGGAUAUACUCAACAUUGACUUUGGUGUUGAUCGGGAGCGCGCCAGCUCCCCAGCUCCACUGCUGCAGCAGCAACAACAACAGCAGCAGGACCGCAUUCAAUCGCCUUUAGCCAGCAGUGGCACGGGCACGCCCACAACGGCAGCCAAUACGCCCAUCAGCAACGGCCCCACGAUACCGCAAAUGCCCGCAGCGCACGAGGAUGCAAAACCGAGAAUAUCCCGUGAAUGGCGACAGAAGAUCGAAACUUGGCUGCAGUCGAACGAAAACGAUGAGAAACAGAACGAGGAAUACAAGCGGAAGCGUCGCCUGGUUAAUGCGAAUCGGCGAUCGCUCGAGAACGAAACUGAAAACGAACGAAAACUGGAUCCAUUGCCAGAGGAAAAGAUAAUGCCAACAACAGCAACAACGACGCCAACGACGACGGCGUCAACGCCAACGACGACGAUCACUAACCCAACUAACAACCACAGCCACAGCAGCAGCUACAGCCGACGAGAGCCGGAGCAGGAGAAGCAGGAGAAGGAGAAGCCGCAGCCCGCGCGCUAUCAACGCGUCUAUGCAGACUGGAAGCCAAGCCAAACACUGGACCACACUGACGUGGUGGGUAACAUUGAGGCCAUAGCGGAUGCGACGACAACAGCGCAAGGCGCUCAACCACAUCUAACCACGGCCGAGGAACUGCGUCAGUAUCGGCGGCAGCGCUCGCAGGAGCAGGCGCAGAGUUCCAGCCCUCUGCAGUCGAUUGCCGAGGAGGAUCGCCGCAAGUCCCUUAUACAAAAGCUGGGCGACAGCGAUAGCACUGCAGAUUGCCUGAAAAUCUAUGUGCGGCGUCCGUCCAGCAUGGACCUGCAACCGGAGCCGGUGAAGCGUGCGGAACCCAAGUCGCCCACGCAGGAUGACACCUUUGCUAGUCUGCUGGAUCAUCACAAGAGUCACAAUGAGUCGCAGUAUGCGACCGCCUCCUCCAAAGAAAUCGAUGCGGACAACAUUGAGACGCCGCCAGUGACACGACGUGUCCUGGCCACGCCCACCAGCACAGUGGUCACGGUCAGCAUGACGGAUAAGCCAAAGCAUAUGCCGGAGGAGAAGAGCAGCGCCAGCCCAACAGUCAAUGAGCAGGAUGCGCCAGGUCACUUUGACCGCUAUGCUCUGGCGAGGCGGACGCGUCGCUACAAACGACCCACGGACUACAGCAGCGGCAAUGAGGAGCUCAUUAUGCCCACGCAAGAUAUCAAGCAAUCGGCCAGCGCUAGUGAAGUGCGUCGUUUGCCAACGGAGGAGCCGCAGCCGGAGAAGGCGCGCACCAUAACCAAACUGGAGAAGGUGGGUCGGCACAUCAGCUCCAUCAACCAGGAGGAUGUGCGAGAAGCCAUACGCAAUCUGAAAUCUCCAACGGGCACACCAGAGCGACCUUGGAGUCCGCCACGAGAGUUGACGCCAAGCAAGCUGAAACUUAAUGCCAGCGGGCACCACGAGCUGAACGACGAGGGCUUCGAAGAGACGCAGAGCUUGGUCUCGGACACACCCUCGCAUGGCAAGGGCGAGAGCACCAACUCUUCCUGCAACGAGGCUAAUGAUGCGCCCGCCCAACGUUCGCGUCCGCUGUCCAAGCAAAAAACCAGCACCACCAGCAUCAGUGCAAUGGGCAGUCGCCUGGCGGACCGACUGCAGCAGGCGAGACGGCUCGGCAGCUCCACGAAUACAUCACAGUCCCAAUCCGGCAACAAGUCACAAAACCAAAUCUCAGCCGCGGCAACGGUCACAGCUGCUCUUCCCAAACGUAGCCUCUCGGCCAGCCGGCCACUGCGUAUGCCCAAUGGCAGUCACAUGCCGAGUGCCACGCCCACUGCGUUACGUUCGUCCUCAUCGACGGGCGUAAGGCGGAGUCCACACGAGCCUCCACAGUUCACGCCCAACUAUGCGAAACAGCGCGAUGUGGAGCGAAGUAGCUCCCGCAACAGUUUACGCUCCUCGCGAUCCUCCAUCAAUAGCGGUGCAUCCACACAGACUGUGGUGCGACGUCUGCCCUCAGUGCAGCGCACCGCCACCGUCUCGGUGGACUCAUCGCCCAGCAAACGUCCGCUGGCGGCACAGAAUGCGCGACCCACAGCCAGUGGGCGUGGCGUGCCCGCCAGUCGCAGCAGCAGCAGUGGCUCCAGUGUGGGUCCCAGUGUGAUACUUGUGCGGAGCAAGCUGUCGGCCGGUCCACGAACUGCCCAGGCUCAGCCGUUGGGCAACAGCACUAGCUUCAAGGAGAACCAAACUGCAGCGCCAGCCACAGCACCCGCCUCUCGAUUGACAGCCGCGCGCAGCGCAAUGCUGGUGAAGAAUGUGAUGAAUCAGCAGGCCAAGAGCAACAGCAGCACGAGUAAUUCUCAGCAGCCACGCAACCGAUCAGUGAGCAGCUUUAUGCGGCCCACGGCCAGCAGCGCAACCAAGCGCCAGAAAUAAGCAAUUUUAUGCAGGAAGAGUGAGGAGUAGGAAUAGGAGGCAUCGUCCAAGUUAACGUCCCAAGUUUACAAACUCAGAACAAAGACAAGUUACAAAAUGCAUCUAAUCUAAGCCGUCCAAGCAAACGACAUCAAAAA